GCAGAUCACAACAGACGACGUUCGUUCGCUCAGUCGAAGAGACUGCGAGGUUCGAGAGGUGCGUGCUCCAUCGUCGCCGGUUGUAAUUCUCAUCGCGCACUAGUGCAUUGUGUUCAGUAACGUUCUAAUUCGAAAAGGGGAGAUACUUUUUUUCAAAAUUCACGUUACACCAGUGGGAUCUUUCACGCGCACGAGAGCAAAGUGGAAACGCAAACGAAACAAUAGAACAAUAUCUAUUCAACGAUCAUUGGAAAAGAGAAACUUCAUUGUCAAGUGUUGGGGGGGUCGCAUUCGCGGCCUAGACAUCAGCAGAGGUGGCGUGGGGUACGGCAGUAAUGGAAUUGCAGAGCUGGCUGCUCUAUCAUCUUGUAGCCGUAACCGACUGCAAUCAAGUUACUUUUGCCUGAGUUUCGACCGUGCUCACAGAACACUUCUUUAUUUCAUUCACAAUCCCGUUAUCGCCUAGAGGAAACAGCGGUCUACCAAUGUUUGAUGUGAUGCAGUCGGCGGCUACACUGAACGGCGGGUCUUAUCCUGCCGGAGGCACCGGAAGCCGCGCUCGUGAUUUAGGUCUUCGAGCGCAAAAAAAGCUCCUCGGCAGAGUCGUAUCUACGGGGGCCGGAAGAUCGUUGCUGAUAGAUGACGCCACCACGUCGCUUUUGGACAAUUUGUACAAGCUUAUGGAGAGAGCGGCAAAAGCCAACCUCAGCUUAGACAAGAAACAGCCUGAAAAGGUUUUAAAGAAUAUCGUUAAGUUGUCCAUCAAGGUGGGCCUCUUGCAACGUAAUCAACAGUUAAACGUCGCCGACGACGUGAAACUCGCCGAAAUAAGAACUGCCCUUCGAGCCGUGGCGAUGUCCGUGGUCUCGUUCUACGAAUUGGAAUUCAGCUUCGAUCGGGCGUAUCUGGUAAAAUCGUUAGAACGAUGCAGAACCACGAUACAGGCGCUGAUUAAGUCGCAUCUCACGGACAAGUCUCAAGAUCGGUGUGACCAAGUGUUCGAUUUCUUAACGCACUCCGACUUUCUGGACUCGGUUUUCAGACAAGAUUCGGAACACAGACCCAUCCUCGGGAUGCUAGUCAGUGACAUAAAUAAGGCCUUGGACGUUGGGCAUCUUUGAUUCUUUUUUAAACGCGAUCGCAUUUUCGCGACGGAAACGAGAAUAAUUACAGAGAUAAUUAAGGGAUGACGAUGACUCUCCUCCCUGGAUUAUUAUUUUUUGAAAAAAAAAAGAGAAAAAAACAUGAAAAAAAUGAAAUCGACGUGUAUGUGUGAUACCAAGUUACUUAUGGUCGUCUGUGUAAAAAAAUAAACACAAAAGUAAUAUAUAUUUUCGACUCGAGGCUCAACGCUCUUGAAAUGCGACGUCUCUCGUGAGAAUAUUGAUCGAUUUCAACACGGUAGUGCUCACCAAUUUACGCAAUAAUUGUGAAAUACUCUAUUUAUUUUCAGAAUGUAUAUUGUUACGAUCAAUGUAUAUUUAUUUACAACACCUGCGCGUUAGGAUGCCAACUGUCAAUCUAUACCAAAAAAAAAAAAAAAAAAGAAAAAGAAAAAAAAAUGAGCUUAUUUAUGCCCGAAAAUGGGGUUUA